AUGUCCGCCAAGUCGCUUCCAAGUCACACAAAGAUACUCGUCGUGGGUGCAGGUCCCGCAGGCCUCGCAACAGGACUGUCUCUCGCCAAACAUGGUGUCAGCCCACAAGAUAUCGUUGUGGUAGACCGCCUUUCAAGAGGGAACAACACAUCACGAGCCAUUGUAAUCCAUUCCGCAACGCUACAAGCUCUUGAUGCAGUUGGGUGUGCAGAUGAUCUGAUAUCUCGUGGUUUGAAAUGCACGAGGUUCCAACUACAAGACCGCUCUGCGUCAGGACUAAUCAGUCUCGAUUUCUCCUCCCUCGAACCCUACACCAAGUUCCCAUUCUUCUUGGUUUUACCUCAAAACAUCACUGAAGAUGUCUUGGAGGAGCACGCAAAAAGUCUGGGAGUGAAGAUAUUCCAUUCUUGCACAGUAAUUGGUAUGAAGACAUUGGACUCAGGGGAUGCCCUUGAAAUUUCAUUCGAGUCUGGAGAGACCAUUCGAGCAAACCUUGUGGUUGGUGCCGAUGGGGCGUGA